AAGAACAGGAUGAGGAGAGAUAAUCAGAGCAAUGUGUCUGAAUUCCUUCUUGUAGGGCUCCCCAUACAGCCACAGGAGCAGGGAAUGUUCUUCGCCCUGUUCCUGGGCGUGUACAUCACCACAGUGCUGGGAAACCUGCUAAUCUUCCUGCUCAUCAGGCUGGACUCCCACCUCCACACACCCAUGUACUUCUUUCUCAGCCACUUAGCCCUCACUGACAUCUCUUUCUCAUCAGUCACAGCACCAAAGAUGCUGAUGAACAUGCAGACACACAGUCAAUCCAUCUCAUAUAGUGGGUGCAUUUGUCAGGUGUAUUUUUCCAUAUUCUUUGCUGAUAUUGACAGUUUCCUUAUCACCUCAAUGGCCUAUGACAGGUACUUGGCCAUUUGUCACCCCCUCCACUAUCCCACUAUCAUGAGUCAGAGCCUGUGUUUCUUGCUAGUAAUUGUGUCCUGGGUCUUAUCUUUUGCCAGUGCUCUGUUGCACACCCUGCUCCUGGCCCGACUGUCCUUUUAUGGAGACAACAUUCUCCCCAACUUCUUCUGUGACAUCUCUGCCUUACUGAAGCUGUCCAGCUCAGACACCACAACAAAUGAGCUCAUUAUUCUUACUGCAGGGGGCGUGGUCAUUACCCUUCCACUCAUAUGCAUCCUGGUCUCUUAUGGUCGCAUUGGGUCCACCAUCCUGAGAGUCCCCUCGACCAAGGGGAUCUGCAAAGCCUUGUCCACUUGUGGUUCUCAUCUCUCUGUUGUGUCUCUUUACUAUGGGGUAAUUAUUGGAUUGUACAUUUUCCCCUCACCCAGUGACUCCAAUGGCAAGGAUGUCAUUUUGGCUGUAUUGUACACUCUGGUCACUCCCAUGCUAAAUCCCUUUAUCUACAGUCUGAGAAAUAGGGACAUUAAAGGAGCUCUGCGAAAUAUACUCAGUAGAAGAAAGUUUUCACUAUAA